AUGCAACAUUUCGAAAGUUCAGAUAAGAUAGAAAAGGAUGAUGAUACAUCAAGAAUUAAAUUACGCUCUUCUUCUUUGGCCGCUCCAAUCCUCGAGGCUGUUCAAGAAGCCCAGCCUUUUGAAGAAGCCACUUUCUCUAACUUACAGAAGAUACAUCCGUUAACAGAAAACUCAACUUGCAAUGGUUAUGUUAUUUACGAUAAAGAUGGAAAUUUGAAAUCCAUGAAGGAUACAUUUGGUAGGAAUAUAAAAACACCUGAUAUUUCAAAUCCUACAAGAGCAAGAAAUGAAAGGCCAUUGGAUACAAUACGUGGAUUUGAAUACUCCAUAACAAAAGAUCCCCGCUGGUUGCAAGAGCUAGAAACAUCUAAGUUGGGAUUUAAACCUAGACCUGGAUUUGCCGUCAUUAAUCAAGACUCACAGGCUUCAAUAAAUUUAUCUCAACUGGAAGAAAAAGUUAUGGAAAGCCAAAAAAAAAAGGAGAAAAGACACAUAUCACGGCUUUCUCGGUUACUCUGCAGAUGA